AUGGCAACCACCGACCACGCCGAUCAGGUGACGACCGCAGCGCCAUCGUCAGCGGCAGCGCCGCCCAAAACGCUCGGGCCGCUAGCACGCCGCGAGCGGAAUCUGGCCUAUUCGAUGCUGCUGCCGACUUUCGGCAUCGUGAUGGCGGUCGUGCUCAUGCCGCUGCUCGCCAAUUUCUGGAUAUCCUUCAAACCGGUCGGGCUGGGCGAUCUGCGGCCCGCAAGCCUGUUCGUCAAUGAGCGCCUGCGCGGCGAUCUCGAGGCGGCGGGCGAUGUGGCGACGCUGGAAUAUCGCGUCCGCAACUCCUCGCAGGAUGCGCCGCUGCGCGAUGCGGGCUUUUCCGACACGAUCCCCGAGGGGCUCACGCCAACCGGCGAUCUCGAUCCGCGAUGCACGCUGGAAGACCGGCUUUUGGACUGUGCACUCGGCGAGGUGGAACCGCGCUUUCGCGACCGGAUCCGCAUCGAGGUGACGGCGACGCAAGCCUACUUCGACGAUCCCGUCCGACCGCGCGACAGCGAAGCGGCCAGCCGCGCCACAUCGGACAAUGUGCUGACCAGCCCCGAGUUCACGUUCGAGAAUUUCACCAAGGUGUUUUCGGCGGCCGAGUUCUGGCACGUGCUGCGCGUGACGAUCUACUACACGAUCUUCGCCACGCUCGGCGCUUUGGUGCUGGGCCUGUUUGCCGCGCAGAUGCUCAACACCGCCUUCCGGGGGCGCACCGUGCUGCGCGGCCUGUUCCUGUUCCCCUAUGUGGCGCCGGUGAUCGCCGUCGCCUUCACCUGGGUGCUGCUGCUCGAUCCGUUCUCCGGCACGCUGAACGCCAUAUUGCGCCAGAUGGGCGUGCUCGACACACCGAUCAACUUCCUCGGCCAGCGGGCGGUGCCGCUCGAUUUCUUCGGCCUGACGAUCAACUUCCCCGUCGCGCUGUCGGCGGUGAUCGGCAUCGAAGCCUGGCGCAGCUUUCCGCUCGCCUUCCUGUUCAUCCUGGCGCGGAUGCAGUCGAUUUCGUCCGACAUGUACGAAGCAGCCGAGAUGGACGGCGCGACGCCGCUGCAGCAGUUCUGGUACAUCUCGCUGCCGCAGCUUGUCGGCAUUCUGGCGAUCCUGUUCCUUUUGCGUUUCAUCUGGACGUUCAACAAUUUCGACGACAUCUUCCUUCUGACCGGCGGCGCGGCCGGCACCCGCACCAUGACGGUCAAUGUCUAUGAGCAGGCCUUUGCGGUCUCGAACCUGGGCGCCGGCGCGGCGGUGGCGGUCGUCGUCUUCCUCGUCCUUUUGUGCUUCUCGCUGAUCAUCUUCAAAUAUUCGCCGCAGGACGAGGGCUGA